GGAGAGAGGGUGAGGGGAAUACAGUACUGGGGGUGAGAGAAGCGUUGGACAGAAGAGGGUCGGGUAUCUGGACAUGCGCAGGGCCGCUGGACUCUUGGGGUAGCGAGGGGGACGGUCCCACGACUGCUCCGAAGGGCCGGGACUCCCAGUGGGGGCGGGACCCUCGGAGUGCCCGCCUGCGGACUCCCAAGCCUGGAGCCUGGGGAGAGGGUGGGCACCUCCGUUCCCGCACACCCGUGCAUGGUGUGUGCGCCGAGCGUCCAGAAGCCACGGCGGUGUCUUCCCUGCGCGUCUUUUACACGUGUCGGGGUAGGCGGCUCCUCGGGGCUGAGCUGUGGCCAGGGUUAUAGAGAGGCCCGCCUCUCCCCAGAUGGCAUCGUCGAGCCCUGACUCCCCAUGUUCCUGCGACUGCUUUGUCUCCGUGCCCCCGGCCUCAGCCAUCCCGGCUGUGAUCUUUGCCAAGAACUCGGACCGACCCCGCGACGAGGUGCAGGAGGUGGUGUUUGUCCCCGCAGGCACUCACACUCCUGGCAGCCGGCUCCAGUGCACCUACAUUGAAGUGGAACAGGUGUCGAAGACGCAGGCUGUGAUUCUGAGCCGUCCUUCUUGGCUAUGGGGGGCUGAGAUGGGCGCCAACGAGCAUGGUGUCUGCAUUGGCAACGAGGCUGUGUGGACGAAGGAGCCAGUUGGGGAGGGGGAAGCCCUGCUGGGCAUGGACCUACUCAGGCUGGCUUUGGAACGGAGCAGCUCUGCCCAGGAGGCUUUGCAUGUGAUCACAGGGUUACUGGAGCGCUAUGGGCAAGGGGGCAGCUGCCUGGAGGACCCUGUGCCAUUCUCCUACCAUAGCACCUUCCUGCUGGCUGACCGCACUGAGGCAUGGGUGCUGGAGACAGCUGGGAGGCUCUGGGCUGCACAGAGGAUACAGGAGGGGGCCCGCAACAUCUCCAACCAGCUGAGCAUUGGCAAGGACAUCUCAGCCCAACACCCGGAGCUGCAGACGCAUGCCCAGGCCAAGGGCUGGUGGGAUGGGCAGGGCGCCUUUGACUUUGCUCAGGUCUUCUCCCUGACCCAGCAGCCUGUGCGCAUGGAGGCUGCCAAGGCCCGCUUCCGGGCAGGGGGGGAGCUGCUGCGGCAACGGCAAGCUUCCCCCCUACUCCUUGGCAGGGGGCAUCACGGCAGAGGUGAUGAUGGGCAUCCUCAGGGACAAGGAGAGUGGUAUCUGUAUGGACUCAGGAGGCUUUUGCACCACGGCCAGCAUGGUGUCUGUCCUGCCCCAGGAUCCCACGCAGCCCUGCGUGCACUUUCUUACCGCCACGCCAGACCCAUCCAGGUCUGUGUUCAAACCUUUCAUCUUCGGGGUGGGGGUGACCCAGGCCCCCCAGGUGCUGUCCCCCACUUUUGGAGCACAGGACCCUGUUCGGACCCUGCCCCGAUUCCAGACGCAGGUAGAUCGUCGGCAUACCCUCUACCGUGGACACCAGGCAGCCCUGGGGCUGAUGGAGAGUGAUCAGGAUCGGGGGCAGCAGCUCCAGCAGAAACAGCGGGAUCUGGAGCAGGAAGGCCUCAAGGCCACACAGGGGCUGCUGGCCGGCGAGUGGACCCCACCUCUCCGGGAGCUGGGCAGCCUCUUCCAGGCCUUCGUGAAGAGGGAGAGCCAGGUUUACGCGUAAGCUUCAUAGCUUCUGCUGGCCUGGGGUGGGCCCAGGACCCCUGGGGCCAACUGCCCUGAGUGGUGGUGAAGUUGGAGCAAUCCCUUCACGCUCCUUGGCCAUGUUCUGAGCGGCCAGCUUGGCCUUUGCCUUAAUAAAUGUGCUUUAUUUUC